AGCCGGCGCGCGAGGGUCCCUUCGGUCAUAAAAUAGCCGCUGUAAUUUGACACUUCAACUUACUGCGCUCCCUCCGAGUGCGCUCACUUUACUCCUCACUGACGUCGAGCCCGUUCCACGAAAACAACCAGAGGCCAGCGCUUUAACGAGGACGUCCUCCGCUUUGUCAGCAGGCUCAGAAGAACUGAGGUGCUGGAGUGUUUCUCUCCCUGGUGUGUGACGGGGUGGGGGGGUCUGUUGUGGUGAAGAAUCCAGACCUGAAGUCAACACAGAACGCUCCAGUUUAAUGGCUGGCAGGUAAAGGCCAAGGAGGGACAAUCAACAUGAACUCGAUUCCGUCGAUGGACAGACACAUACAGCAGACCAAUGACCGUCUGCAGUGUAUCAAACAGCACUUACAAAAUCCAGCAAAUUUCCAAACCGCAGCGACAGAGCUACUGGAUUGGUGUGGUGACCCCCGCGCCUUCCAGCGUCCCUUCGAGCAAAGCCUGAUGGGAUGUCUAACGGUGGUGAGCCGAGUAGCCGCACAGCAGGGUUUCGACUUGGACCUGGGCUACCGGCUCCUGGCUGUGUGCGCCGCCAAUCGGGACAAGUUCACUCCCAAAUCAGCAGCUCUGCUGUCCUCCUGGUGCGAGGAGCUCGGACGCCUCCUCCUCCUCCGCCACCAGAAGAACAGGCAGAACGAACCUCCGGGAAAAGUGCCCAUGCAACCCCCUAUGAGCUCUAUGAAGCCCGGCCUCUCACAUGGGGACGGGUCUUUUCCAUAUGACUCAGUUCCUUGGCAACAGAACACCAAUCAGCCUCCAGGAUCCUUGUCUGUCGUAACUACCGUCUGGGGCGUGACCAACACAUCGCAAAGCCAGCAGGUGCUGGGGAACCCCAUGGCCAACAGCAACAACCCCAUGAACCCUGGGGGUAACCCCAUGAGCUCGGGAAUAUCUGGUAGCAGUCCGGGAAUGAACUCCCCUCAGUUUCCUGGUCCUCAACAGCAGUUCCCCAGUAAAGGGAACUCCAACCAAGGCUACAUGCAGCAGGGCAUGUACGGACGACCCAACUACCCUGGUGGAGGAGGCUUUGGUGGCAAUUACCCUGGAGGCCCCAAUGCUGGACCUGGUGGAAUGGGCAUCCCUCCACACUCCCGUCCUACAUCAGACUUCACCCAACCUGCUGCUGCCGCCGCCGCUGCUGCAGUUGCUGCUGCCGCUGCCACAGCAACCGCCACUGCCACAGCAACUGUAGCUGCCCUACAGGAGACUCAGAACAAGGACAUGAAUCAAUACGGACCGAUGAGUUCCUCUUUCCAGAUGGGACCAAACCAAGCAUACAACAGCCAGUUCAUGAACCAGCCAGGAGCCCGUGGUCCUCCUUCACUCCCUGGGAACAUGGGCACAGGCAUGAAUGCAUCCAAUAUGAGUGGGCCCCCCAUGGGAAUGAACCAAGGUAGGGGACAAGGCAUGGGUCCUUUCGGGGCCCACGGCCAAAGGAUGCCACAGCAAGGCUAUGCGGGACCCCGGCCACAGGCCAUGGGUAUGCAGGGCAUGAAAAGACCCUACCCAGGGGAGCCAAAUUACGGUGGGCAGCAGUACGGACCAAACAGCCAGUUUCCUAACCAGCAGGGACAGUACCCCACACCAAACGCCUCCAGACCGCUGCCGUCCCCCAGCUACCCCGGCCAGAGAAUGCCAGGACAACAGCUCCAGGGCCAGUACCCCCCACCCAGUGGUGCCAUGGGCCAGUACUACAAGCAAGAGCCACCUUUCAAUGGCCAAACAAAUACUUUUUCGGGGAGUGGAUAUCAGUACAACCAGGGUAACAUGAAUGGGCCACCCAGACCGGUGGGUAACUACCCUCACUCCCCAGUGCCGGGAAACCCCACCCCUCCAAUGACCCCAGGAAGUAAUAUCCCAUCCUACCUGUCGCCAAGCCAGGAUGUGAAGCCGCCCUUUCCUCCUGACAUGAAGCCAAAUAUCACUGCUCUCCCUCCCCCUCCAGCCAGCCAUAACGAGGAGCUACGCCUCACGUUCCCAGUGAGGGAUGGAGUGGUACUUGAGCCAUUCAGGCUAGAGCAUAACCUGGCUGUCAGCAACCACGUCUUCCAUUUGCGGCCCUCUGUACACCAAACACUCAUGUGGAGAUCAGAUCUGGAGCUGCAGUUCAAGUGUUAUCACCACGAAGACCGUCAGAUGAACACAAACUGGCCAGCAUCGGUCCAAGUCAGCGUCAACGCCACCCCACUCACUAUUGAGCGGGGUGACAAUAAGACAUCGCAUAAACCUCUGCACUUGAAACACGUGUGCCAGCCAGGAAGAAACACGAUCCAGAUCACCGUGACGGCAUGCUGCUGUUCGCACUUGUUUGUACUGCAGCUGGUCCACAGACCAUCGGUUCGUUCUGUCCUACAGGGCUUACUGAAGAAAAGGCUUCUGCCUGCAGAGCACUGCAUCACCAAAGUCAAGAGAAACUUCAGCAGCGUAGCAGCAUCAUCGGGCAACACCGCACUCAAUGGCGAGGACGGCGUGGAGCAGACAGCAAUCAAGGUUUCCCUCAAAUGUCCGAUCACCUUCCGACGAAUACAGCUUCCAGCCAGAGGUCACGACUGCAAACACGUUCAGUGUUUUGAUUUGGAAUCGUAUUUACAACUGAACUGUGAGCGUGGGACAUGGCGGUGUCCCGUAUGCAACAAAACAGCUUUGCUGGAAGGGCUCGAAGUGGACCAGUACAUGUGGGGAAUCUUGAAUGCCAUCCAGAACUCUGAGUUUGAGGAGGUAACCAUCGAUCCGACGUGUAGUUGGCGGCCAGUGGCUAUCAAGUCUGACAUCCACAUCAAGGAGGAUCCAGAUGGGCCACUGGCCAAGAGAUUUAAAACAAUGAGUCCCAGCCAGAUGAUUAUGCCCAACGUGAUGGAAAUGAUAGCUCAGCUUGGCCCCGGGCCAUCGCCGUAUCCAUCACUACCUGCUCAGCAAGGCGGUAACAGUAGCGAAUACGGCGGCCAAGGCAACGCUUACCAGGGCCACGGGAAUUUUGACUUUCCUCAUGGGAACCCUGGUGGUACAUCAAUGAAUGACUUCAUGCACGGCCCCCAGCUGUCUCACCCACCGGACAUGCCCAGCAGCCUGAUGGCACAGGACAAACCGCUCUCACACAGCAUGCCCGACUCAAUACCUCAUUCUGGCGGAAGUGAUCCGUCGCACAGCUCGUUGCAGCAGAGCUUACACGUGUCUCCCCACCCGGGGAACCAAUCGGGGCAGCAGCUACACCACAGCGGGCCUCCUCAACCCUCACGACAGGCUCCGCCUCCUCCGCAACAGCAGCAGCCCGGCCCCAACAACCAUCCCCACAGCGACCUGGCCUUCAACCCAUCCAACACUUUGGACAACCAAGCCGGCUCGGACAUGCCUGAGCCCUCUUUAGACCUGCUUCCAGAGCUGGCAAACCCAGACGAGUUGUUGUCGUACUUGGAUCCCCCGGACCUUCCCAGCAAUAGCAACGACGACCUCCUCUCGCUUUUUGAGAACAACUGAGGCAAUUCAGACACAAACUUUUCUAGCUGCUUGCAGUUUUCCUGAGAGCCCAGGGCAGUCGCUCAGUACUUGAUGAACACAAACAUGCACUCCCUUUCUCUUCUUCCUCUUGUACAGUUUUCAUCAGACAGUGCAGACUUCAAAGUCAAAGAAGCGACAGAAUGCGCUCCCGCCUCGUGGCGAUACCUUCGAACUGUGCGGCUAUACUAAGUUGAUUUUUUUGUUUUAGUUUUUUGUUUGUUUUUUUACGCCACACAUUAGGAAUGUGUUGUAGCAUUUUUUUAACUCACAUUUUAUUUCCUUUUGAGAAGAAAAGAAAUUUAUGGAAAAAAAAAAAGAAAAAUUACAAAAAGGUGGCACUGUUUGGCCAGCAUGCAUUCUGUCCUCAUCGUUAUUCCACUCGGAGAGGCUCGCCGUUCCAUUCCCUGACUGAUCCGGUUCCUCGCACCGUUUUGUACACCAUGCAUUCAUUUAAAAGCACAAGAGUUUU